AUGCUCCCCCAACUACUACCUCUACUACUGAUCGCGCUCUGCCAGGUCGGCGCAGCCCAAGACCUGACCGUCUUCUCGCCGCCGUCCUCGUCCACGUACAAAUACCACGGCUGCUACAAUGAGACGACGGGCCUGCCGGGCACCUCGGGCUCCCAACGCGCCAUCGACGGCAAGCACAAGACGUCGCCGGGGUCCAUGACGGUGCAGUCGUGCCUCGACUUUUGCGGGUCGGACGGCACCGUGUACAAGUUUGCAGGGGUCGAGUUUUCACGAGAGUGCUGGUGCGGAAACAUCCUGUCCGGUCUCUCCGCCAAGGUCGACGAUGACCAGUGCAACACGGCUUGUGAUGGUAACGCCAGUAUCGCCUGUGGGGGGCCGUUGAAACUUUCUGUCUAUGUGUCGGGCGCUCCAAAAGUAGCAGUUAGUCCAACAAUGUUCGUUGCUGGAAUCACGGCUGUGGCGGUUGGUAUAAUCGCCAUGUCAUGA